UCUAUACAUGUGGAUCUCUUACAAUCAGUUUCUGCCCAUGUGCUGUAGCUCCGGAGAGGUGCUUGUGGAAGAGGAUAGAUGGUGGAAGCAAGGGAGGAGACAGUUGGGAAAUCAUGUCCUUCAGUAGUGGGAGUGUUUCAAGCCAAGCUUGAGCUGCUUCCAAAACAGCUGGAGCAAAGGAGGGAGAGAAACAGAAAGAAAGCACAAAGACUGUGGCUUAAAGUUAAACCAGAAGCUGAACUGCUUGGCUGCUGAUGGUUGACUCUUUGUAGGUAGAGUCUUUAACAUUAAACAUUAUCCUGGACUGUUAUAGAUGGAGGCCAAGGUGAAGAUGAACAUACACCAACAGACGGAAUGAGGCUGUAUAACAGUCACCUGACUCUCUGAAUGGACCAUGGAGGAUGUGGCUACGGAUGAGGAGGACAAGCCUGUGGCUAUUGCCUCCCAGCACAAUGAUGCCCAGCUGGAGGAUAGACCAGAUCCACAGGAAUUUGAAGCUAGGGGUCCAUGCAGCUCCAUCCUGGAAUUUGGAUCUCCCAGUUCCUCAUCCAGAUGCCCUCACACCCAGCCACACCCAUCCUGCUCACAGGGCUCUGCUGUAUCAGCCCUGCAGUCCAAGGUAAAGGCCUUGUCAGAGCGCAAGGCUGUCUGGAAGCAACCGUCCAAAAAGAUCCCAGAAAAGAAGGUGAUUCCUGGAUCUUAUAUGCUGGGACGUCCUCUUACUUGGGGAUCGAGCAGCAGUGAUGAAGACACAGAGCCUCACGCUCAGACUCUCAGCUUCCACGAUGUUGAAGAACCUUCAGUAGUGCUCUAUAAUGAAGAUGACUUCAACCCUGCCCUGCUAGCACUUCCACGAGAACUUGGAGAAGGAGCGAGUCUGGAGAACAUUGCCCAAGAUGACAUCUGUGAUGCCAAACAAGACAUUACAUCCUCCUCCUGUAACAAACCAUGGGCUCCACCCAAGGGCUUUUGGAGGGUCACCAGGCCGGAGACACUGCUGCUGAAUGGAGAAGCUCCAGAUGGGCUUAUGAAGACGGAUUCUGGUGUACAAGAAGAGCUGCAGAAGUCCGUUGGUCUGAAAAGCCCCCUCCACACCUGUGGACACAGUAGGACAGCCCCGGCGGAGCCCAUAGGGAGUGGACUCUGGCGUGCUGAAAGUCUAGAGAGCGUGUGCAGCAGCGUCAGCUCAUUAUCUCUGGCUGAGAGGGUGGAGAUGAACCGGAGCAUGCUGAGACAAAUGCUUCAGAAAGCUCCGAAAAGCAGCGAUGGACAUCAGGCCCCAGUUACAGAGCAGAAGCUGGAGAGCAUGCAUAGAGGUGUGCUGAAUGACAGUGACUGGGAUUCUGGGAUAUCUCUCCAUGAUUGUGAACAUACUCAGCACAUUCAGAGGGCCUUUGUUUGGGGCGACGGGUUGCCGCUGAGUCCUCGCCAUGAGCAGGCCAAACGACUACUGGAGCGUGCGCGCAUGAAGGCCCGCUCUAACCCGCUCAAAGCCGACCACACCAUCCUACCCGUCCAGAGGGACAACCCGGAUCUGCUCUCCUGGACCGGGGCCUCCCUGCAGCGGGCUCCUCUAGCGGGGAAGGAGGGGGUGGCGGCAGGUUCGGGGAACGUCAGCGACUCGUCCAGCAGCGACUCAGUCGGAGGCCCCCGCCGCAGACACGGCCAGUCACCAACACGCGUCCGCUUUGAGGACGAGUCAGAAAAGGAAGCGGAAUUUCGCUACCUGGAGCGAUUGCGCCAGCGCCGGCGGGCUGGAGAGAGGGCGCAGGGCCUGCUGGGGUCCAAACCCAGCCUAGCCUCAUACGUGAACGGCAGAGGCAUAGAGACAGCCCAGGGCAAGGAGGACUCACUACUGUGGAAAUACAAAAACAGGAAAGGUCAGGAAGGACUUGCUAAUACUAGCAGUGCCAAUGGCCAUUACAAAUCACUAGUGCAUGAGGUUGUGGGCCGGCAGUGCAAUUCCUGUGGGACGAUACUGGAUGGACAAAAGGCAGGAGAGAAAAUACUGGAUGGGGCUGUUUCAGACUCUCUCCCUUUAUCCCUAGCACCUGCAGAUGGAGAGUCCGAGGGAAAGACUGUCCCAUGCUGGGUGGCCCCCACCCUGCCCAACCGCCUGGUCCGAAUAGAGCAGAUUAAAGAGACGUACAUUGGAGCGGUGGGCACUGUUAUUGUGGACAGCGAUGGCACGCAUUGUAGAGGUGCAGUUAGCAUGGACAGUACUAGCAUUAGAGGGUCUCUACAGAAGCAAAAGAGAAAAAGUAGAAGAAGGGAAGGAAGCCCAGAGACAACAGCCAAUGGGCUUGUAUCAUCAGGGUCACCACCCACUUCCAGGCCCACAACCAACGGGGCAGAUGUGCACCUGUCUAAUGGCACCAUAGCAGUGCCUCCUAACCCCUACGCUCCAGAGCAACUGGGACAGAAGGUACCGGUUAUGUUGUGCAAGUCCCAACCCAACUUUAAAGCCCCCGUGCCACCUCCAGUGCCUCCCAGAGGAGAAGUUCCAAGCUCCCAGCUUCCCCAGCCAAUACCCCCACCCCUUCAGCCCAGAAAGUCUGCUCUGAAGUCUGCCUCAAAGGAACGUUCCAAUGGCCAACGAGUAGUCAAGCUCAUGCCUUCUCCACAGUACCGCCUCGUGCACCUGGACUCUGCAGAAGAAGGGGCCGAUGUGGAUGGCAGUCCUGAGGUCAGCCCUGCUCUGGAGAACCCAUCCAAAAGCUUGACACUGAAGCAUCCCACAGCCAGCAGCACUGCCACGCAUCCGGGACAACCAGCAGGUUUGGAUCAGGAUCACAUCGCAGGUGAGCUUUCAGACAGCCUCGCCGAAAACUCUCAUGGACAUUUGAACGAUGGACGGAUUCAAGUAGCUGUUCGACCAGACCACCAUCUGGAGGAGAGCCCAAACCCCUCAUGCAGCAGGGUGGCAUCAGAAGUGGAGCAGAAGGAGGUGAAGCCAAAACUAUCCCUACGGCGUUUCUUCUCAGCUAUGGGUCUGAACAGUGGUGGGCGGUUGGGGAAGGAACGCUCAAGCAGCAUGGAGCAGCUUAGCCUGCCCCCAAAACCCUGCAUAUCCCCUUCCACGUCUCCCAGCCCUGCACGUGCAGGGAUCAGCCAGCUGAAGAAAGCUCCAUCACUGCAGUCACUGCGCCUGGGGUCUCCUUUUGUCCAGCUGAAGAAAUCCUCUUCAGUGCAGAAUCUCCAGAGUCCCAGGAGGAAAGGGGAUCGCUCCGCCGCAUACACGCCCGGGGAGAUGCCCUGCAGCCCUGCACUGUCCAGGGGGCUCCAGCGCACUCUAAGUGUGGAGGAUGUUGGCAGCCCUAGUGCCGUAAGGUCAGUGGGGAGAGUAGCCCAGGCCUUCCCUGAUGGAACGUUAUUAUUGGAGCUGUCCCGGCCUCCUGACGGACCCUUCGGCUUCCUCAUCUCACGCGGUAAAGGGAGGCCAGACUCAGGUGUCUAUGUGGAGGAGAUGGGUGACAGCAGCACCGAGAAGCUGUAUGCGGGGCUGCUGGGAGUCGGCGAUGAGAUCCUGGAGGUGAAUGGAGAAAAAGUGGCCGGGCUGAGUUUGGAGCUGGUCACUCGGCUGAUGACCCAAAGCAGCACGUCAUCCAUCCGUGUGCUCCGUCACCGGCGGCCUCACCGCUAACCGUGAACUUCAUUUUAAAAUCAGAGAGGAAAAGGCAAUACAGCAGCCGAGACAGUGUGUGUGAGGCUUCUCCGCUGGUUCUGACUUUAACUGGCUUACACUGACGGACUCGGCGCGCGUCCAAGUAGACAGAGCUUUGUUGCUGGUGUUAAGCUUGACUGAAUUGAACAACUAGGCUGUAGCUUGUUUUAUCAGGAAAAAGGACUCGUGAAAGAAGAGUUUACUCUGCACUAUCAUAGACAAGGUGCUCCUCUGUUCUGACAGUGAAGAAAUGCACUAAGCUUCUGCCUCCAAUAAUACUGCACAAGUCCAUGGGACUGUAAUCCCUUCAGACUGAAAUCCACAUCUCUCUGUUUUUCCCUCAAUCUCAACUUUUAUUGUAGUUUAGGUUCUUUCUAUAAAGAGCAACGGGUACACACUGAGAAGUGAUGCAUUGAAUUCUCUUGAUUUAAAUGUAUGUAUCUUUUGCCAAAAGCAAGUCAACUGUAAGACAGAAUACACCUCAGCUCAAAUAAAUUCAGUGCAUCACUUUCUUAGUUCGAUAGCUCAGAGGUUCCUCAUCUAUCCCUAAGGAGGAAGUCCACCACCUUUCAAAAAUGUCUGCAUAAUUAAUUUAAGAUAUAAACAAUGACUUAGAGUGGUUUGAUGUGAAGUGCUUUAUUCUAGAGCCAUUUGCCGAGUCAGAAAUGUUCACAGUGGUGGUGAAAGGAACCAGACGUCUGAAUGAGUUUAAUCUCUCUAAAAGCUCCCUAACAGAAAACGAUUACAUGAUAGUUAUAAACACACUGCCUGAAGCCGGAGUCGUUGCAUUGUUGAUAGAUUUGAAAUAUUUUAUGCAAAAUUAUAUGCAUACGUUUUGGUGUAGUACUGAUUUCUAUUAUAUACCUUGCUUUUUCAGUGUUUGCCAUAAUUUGAAAAUACCUAUUGUUCUUUACAUUAUGGGUAAAUUUUAUGAUGAAUGGACUAAAAGAAACAGCCCAAAAUGUGUAAAACUUGUAAAAAGGUCUGGCUCCAUUGAUUUCCCUUGAAAGUAAACUGUGUUUUUUCCUUCUUCUGUAUAAUUACCAUUUUGGAGAUAGUUUUGUUCUGACAGCAGCGAUAUACAUUUCAAGACCUCAAGGACACAUUACAGGAAUAAAAAUGAUUAAAGUACGAUCUACAAAAUAGCUCAAAAUACCAAGCACGUAUACAGUCAAAUGCAAACGUAUUGGUUUAGUAUAGAUUAGUAUAAUACCCGAUGAUGAGGAAAAACCUAUAUUUCCAGACUUAGCAUUAUUUCAGCAGCAGCAGCUUUACAUGUAAAACCGCAGAAGAUGUGUAGACGUUCACUGGUUGUUUUGGAUGGCUGGUUUUAUGUUAUAGACAUUGCGACUCUGGUUCCUAUCACCAGCAUUACAAAAAAAUUCUAGUCUGUUUAUUUCUCCAUGAUGAAUGACUUCACAUCAGACCACUCCGAAUGACUUUGUUUACAUCUCGGAUACUUAAUUACGUAAAGAAUUUGAAAAAUGAGUGCAGUUCCCCUUUAAAGGACCAUCAACCUUCUAUAUUUUUCCUUUUUUUCCACCACCCCAAUCAAGUGAGUCAGGGAAUCUGCAUUUUGCAACUCGACUCUUAAAAAUAAAGGUGCUGGAAAGGUUCUUUUUAUAUUGUUAGUUGAAGGAAUACUCCAGUAUUUUUAAAUUUGACAUUUGUGGUCCACUACCACUGUUAUUUCAACACUUAAAAAAAGACUUUGUGCUUUGAGUUAAUUUACUUUUCAGAAGAAACGGUCAAAAUUAUGGCAAUCAGUCAUAUGUGACCAAGGUUAAAGGGCCCAUAUCACAGAACACUGAAUUUUGCUCCUAAUCAAAGCAAAAAUAGCCUGUUUUAAAUGGACAGUUUUUGUGAUGUCACAAAAACCAGUGCAUUUACAUGUAUCCUCCAGUUUUAGCCUAGAGCAGGUUUAGUCCUGCCUGUCAUGCUGGAGCGUUUCAGCCUGCAUUGCUUUUUGAAUGCUGGAAUAACAAAGGCCAGCCAAACAGAACAGGGAUCAUUUACAUAUAAUCAGUCUUAAAGGCACAUCAUUAAUUCUAAGGGAUAAAGAGAGGGUAUGUAAAAAUGAUUGUGACUAUUUUGGUACGUAAAACCACAUGAAAGUUCUAAGUGGACCUCCAGUUCAAAAAUGAAAAAUAGAAGACAAAUGUAAGAUAUGGGCCCUUUAAAAAAGUGUAUUCCUUUAAAGAGCAAUUGAAAAGUCCUUUAGAUGUCUAAAGCUGGUUAAUCUGUGACAUGGCUUCAAUUCUGGGCCCUUUCAUUUUAAGAAUGUCUACUCUUACCUGGCUCAGGUAGGGUGGGAACCUGAGCUAGCUGUGUCCUUUAGGAUUGGACUGGAACGAAGAAUCUCAAACUUACAAGUUAAAUCAGUAAAAUUGUCUUUCAACCAUACAGAACACAAAGCAGGUUCUGUAUAUACCAAACAUCUUAGAGGAGGGCAAAGCCAAAGUCAAGUCUCCAAGUCCACAUUCUGAUUCUGUUGCGCAUGAAAUGAUCAGUUUUGAGUGAUACGUACUGAAACUGGAAAAUGUCUAUUCCUGGAACAGUGGUUUGGCUCUGAAUAGAAGCCCAGUUCACAUGGUCAAUCUAUACUUCUGUAGUCUUGUGGAACGACAUUGCAACACGGAGCGAAUACCGAAGACACAAUGGAAUAAUGACAGAUUGUUUCCCUGCUUGUUUGCCAAAAAACUGCUACGCUUUCUUUUAGCCUGGGUAUCCCUCCUAAAUUCUCACACUGUAUCACACUGAAAGAAGUGAUACAUUCCAUUUAUUUGAUUGAAAUGUGUACAUAAUUUGUAAUAAUAAUAAUAUAUGUGAUAAUAAUAUAAGUGAGCCUUUCAACACAACAGUACAGUAAUAAAAUGAUUAAGGCAUCGAUCUGCAAAAUAGCACUACCAAGUACAUAUACAGUCAUGUGCAAAAAUGUUUUAUUGCUGGUCAGAUGAAAAAAUUGCUGGUUUGUUGCCGUCUAUGUACCUCUAGUGACGCAGUCAACUUUUUUAGUGUGCAAACACUGGGAUCAAAAGCCUGAUUCUCAUUUUUGUUUACGCAUCCAGUACAUUUAAGAAUACGUAGAGGCAUUAAGGAGAAGCACCAAAAGCUAUUUGAGUGCUAACAGCACCCCCUUGUGGAGAAUCUGCUAAGGCUGCUAAACUCGAGUGAGUGAGUAAGUUACAAGCCAAGUCCAUGAGGUGCUUUGCAUCUAAAAAACGAAAUGAAAUUCAGUUGGAUGCAAAAGUUUGGGUGCCAUUUUUUUUUUGCAUAUGACUGUAUAACAGGAAUAUAAUAAAGGAAUAGACCAUGUGAGAUGAAUAAUGGAGAGGUAAAAACGGUAUAUAUACUAUGUACAUCAAUACAUUUAUGUCCUUCAGUUACCAAUUCACUUAUUUUGGUAGUGUUUGUGCUGGUGUUAUAGAUUUUAUUCACGUGGAAUGUAUUCAUGUGAUACAUUUCAGUCAAAUAAAUGAAUGCUUCACUCUUUUUGGUUGCCUUUCAUAGUAAAGGCCUUAAUUCAGGUGAACGUUAGCCCAUGAUAGCAUGCUUCUCUUGGUAGAAAACCUGAAGCAGGAGCACCAGAAACAGCACCCAUAUUUCAUCGACGUUUUCUGAGAGAACACACAUCAUGCACAUUUUAGUGGAUGCGUUGGUGUUGCAGUAGUAAAAAGGCCCCUGCCAGCUGCAGUGAUUUCUGAUUGUGGCUUUAAUCAAAUUCCUUCCUGUUGCUGCUGACAGAACAAGCACUCAGAAAUGUGCACUCCAUGCAAACGAACAACGCCAAGAGAGUGUUAAGUGGGUUCUUUAACCUUCAGAACUGCAGUACAGUUGCAUCCUUUCUGACGACAAGAACAGUGAAGCUGAAGCAGGACUCUGAUAAACACCAAAUGUUGCACAGUAAAUUAUUUAGAUGUUUCUCUCAGAACGGAUUGUCAUCCAGUGCUGCACUGCAUCUUUGUGGCACCUAUUACCAGGGGGCUGUUGCAUCAGUAUUACAGUACAUGCACCAUGAAUCAUAUUUCAGCAUAUUUUGCUACCUUUCUUUAUACUUACAGUCCUAUGAAAUAAAAGAAAUGACAAUG